AUGACGGGACGGGCCGAGACGCGAACCCCUGAACCGCCCGAACGCGACGAACAUGAAAAAUCACCACCACGAGUGUUGAGGCCGAGACGCACCACCAGGCCACCCAACAACUAUGUCCAGGAGCAAGAGCUCGAUAUCGAACAAACCAACACACGGGCCCAGCAGAAAAAGAAGACCCAGAGCAAGCCAGUAGCCCAACGUGAAGCGGUCGCCGCGGAAUCAUCAACAGAGAGCGAGGACCCGAUCGCCUCGGAACUGUUAAAGGAACUCGUCAAACUCAGAAAGGAGAUCAGACGACGAGAUGAGCUACACAGGGAAGAGCUCCGAAAGGCUAAAGAAGAAUUACAGAGAACCAAAGAAGGAUUUAGUGCCGCCCUUGCAGAGGUCCAACACGAGUUACAGACCUUGGCAGAGAGACCCCUUCAACCGCAACCCCCCUCCGAGCCAUGCGCUCACAACGGCCACGAUGAGAUACUCCGUGAAAUCCAGUCCUUGCGCGAGGAAAUCAGCAUCCCCGCUCCCAUAAGCUCCCCGUCAUAUGCAGAUGUCGCCCGCACCGCUCCACCCAGCCACCCGAGCAAUAUACGACCAACGUGGAAUGUAACACCAACAACCUUCACGGACACGCUAUAUUGUAUAAUAGAUACUUCGAAGAUACUCGAAAAUGAUAAUCAGAAGGUAUCUGCGGGCUCGAUCAGGGCUGCAAUCGAAACCGAGAUCCGGGCGAUAGAUGGCCACACCCUCUGGCGCUGUCGCGCGGUGACACUGGUUAAGAAAGUAGCGGAAGCCAAAAUCGGGGCCGGUGUCCGGGUGCUUCGUGACGAGCUCUACCCGAUCAAGGUUGAUAGUGUAAGGAGGACUGUAGUACUGGAUGAAAACCUCGACGUCCUGUUAGGAGCGGCCGCGGCUCUGAGCGAGGAGAACGAUAUAACUGUUGCUAAGAUCAUGUGGCUGAGCAGCAAGGAGGCCGCAAAGCCCUACGGAUCAAUGGUCGUGUACUUAACUAAGGGAAGUGACGCACGGAGGCUCCUGGCCGAUGGCUACUUCCACGUUGGAGGAGAAUCCGGGACAACUAGAGUUUUUGAAUACCGGCCACGACUGGUGCAAUGCUACAAUUGCUAG